GGAGGGGGGGGGCCGAGGAGCCAAGCAAACCUGUAGCGGCGGAGCCAGCUGGUGGAGAGGUGAGUCCGGGCCGGGGGGCUCCAGCAAUGGGGAUGGAGGGCUCCGUGCAUCCCCUGGGGGCACCCAGUGCUCCGUGUGACACCGACCUGUUGGACCCCCCCGAGGGCAGCGAGAUGCUGCGGGUGCCUCCUCUCCCUGCUUGGUGCUGCGGUUCGGGUGUUGCGGUGGCUUUGGUUUUAUUUUUUCCCCCCUGGCUGUGGGCACGCGAGUUGCCAUGGAGCGGUGUGGCAGCAGUGUGCUGCUUCCGAGCCCCUCUCUUUAAUUUGGAGGCCCUCUCCCCACCGGGAGCGCAGUGAUGCAAUAGGGUACCGCUGCGGUGCCCUGCUCUGUGGAGUUAGGUAAGAGCGGAGAUCCCCGAGCACGGGGAGCAUCCAGCGAUGGAGUUGGUCGGAUCUUAAUGAGUGUCAAAAUCAAUGAACGCGUGUGAUAUGCAGUGGGGGACUUGGCCCUAAAGCACCACCUGACACCGCCGUCGGAGGACUCCCAAAGAGAGUCUGGUCUCCUAGAAUUGGAUUUUGAUGCAUUCAGCCUCGUCGUGUGGCAGAGAUAACUCCCACUGCCAGAUUUAAUAUAUGGUUUGCAGUGACUGCUGCCUGCUGUACCCACCUGAAGGGAUGCGCCGAGGAAGGCUGAGCGCUGUGUGGUGUCCUGAGUGUGAGCUGUGUGCUCACCCACCCCCAGCUCACACCUAUAUCCACCCACUGAGUUGCACUGUUUGCACAUAGCAGCUCCCCCCGGGCACCCUGAGAGCUCCACAAUGCUCCGGUGGCUCCGGUGGUGGUUGGGAUGGAGAUGGGCUCCAGGAGGAGUGGUGGUGGAUGGGGAGCUGAGUGCAGACGGGCUGUGCUGUUUGGAGGAGAGGUGUAGGGCUGCUCGCUGGGUACCACUCCGUUGUCCUCACUGUGUGGGAAAUGGAAUUUCCCCAUUGUUCAGCUGUGCAGUAGCUGCACGAGGCUGUGAUUGGCAAAGCGCUGGAUCGCCCAGGUUGCUCGCAUCACGUAGGCAGCUGCCACUGAAAUGACACACUUGAUUGAAGGCCAAAAGCACCAUAUACGUAACUGCCUGUGAUUAAGCUCCAUAUGAUGCCUCAGAGCGAGUAAAAAACCCCUCCUUCGCCUCGUCUUAUUUGCAACAAGAACACCGUUGCAGGGAUAUCGUUUGGGUCACGCUGUGGGCUUGGGGGCAGUUUGGUUUGGUUUUGGGGUCGGGUUUUCGGGUUGGUUUUUAUUCUGCUUAUGGCUGUGGAAUUUGGUGACCUGAAGCGAUCCGGCAGCCGCGUGGUGCCCGAUGAGAGUGCUCUGCCAUAGGUGUGCUGGUGGCUGGGGAUAUCACCACAACCAGGGAGAAGAUGCCAUUCCACCAUGUAACAGCUGGCUUGUUGUACAAAGGCAACUACCUGAACCGAUCGCUCUCCGCUGGCAGCGACAGCGAGCAACUCGCCAACAUCUCCGUGGAGGAACUGGAUGAAAUCCGCGAAGCUUUCCGGGUGCUGGACAGGGAUGGGAAUGGCUUUAUCUCCAAGCAGGAGCUGGGCAUGGCCAUGCGCUCGUUGGGGUACAUGCCCAGCGAGGUGGAGCUGGCAAUCAUCAUGCAGCGCCUGGACAUGGACGGGGAUGGCCAGGUUGAUUUUGAUGAAUUUAUGACUAUUCUGGGACCUAAGCUGGUAUCAUCGGAAGGCAGAGACGGCUUCCUGGGUAACACAAUAGACAGCAUAUUCUGGCAGUUCGACAUGCAGAGGAUAACGCUAGAAGAGCUGAAGCACAUCCUGUACCAUGCCUUCCGGGACCACCUAACGAUGAAGGACAUUGAGAACAUCAUUAUCAACGAGGAGGAGAGUUUAAAUGAAAACUCUGGCAACUGCCAAACAGAGUUUGAAGUGCAUGCCCAGAAGCAGAACAGACAGACCUGCGUCCGGAAGAGCCUUAUCUGCGCAUUUGCCAUGGCCUUUAUUAUAAGCGUGAUGCUGAUUGCGGCCAACCAGAUCCUGCGGAGCGGCAUGGAGUAGCCUCUCACCAUGACACUGUGACCCAAACUGACCAUGCAUGCGCAUGCCACCGGGUGAGCUUCCCCCGAACCGACUCUCACACGGCAAAGAGACAGAGGCGGGCAGAUAACGCACCAUUCGACAAGGAGCCUGGGGCCAGCAGCGUAACGUGUCUUGUGAAUCAACCACAUCCUUUUGGCAGGGACAUAAAAGGGCUGUCUUAACGCUUUAAAGGUUUUGUUUCCUAAUGCAAUAAAAAUAAAAAAAAUAAACAUACAGAAAGUCCCGAAUUAUUGCUUCAGAGCAACAACGGUAACUUGGAAGACGCUUUCAUCCAGCAGUCUGCUUUGCAGUUGUAAGGAGGCACAGCCUCGUGACUCACUGCAGUGGGGCUGUCUUUUAACCUAGGGGCCGACUGACUAUGCCACAUAGCUCCCCGGCGGGCCCACCUUCCCAGGAAGUUGAUCGUAGCAUUGCCACAAGCAAGUCCUGUUCGUUUUGUUUCACGUACUUUGGCUUCACUUUGUUUUUCCCUUAUGACCAUGCCUUUGAGUUUACGGCAUUAGAGGGGAGCUAGAGCAUCCUUGUACAGUAUUUUCAGAGUAAAGAAGAGGAGAAUUUGCCAGCAUCAUACAGAAUUUCUAUUUUUGCUUCACAAACGUCGCCUUUGACACAAGACUGUGGGGUAGCAGGAGUCUGUUUGCCAUUUUUUCCCACCGAGAAUCAGGGCUUAAGAACCACCACCCACUUUCCCACAUGGGCAUUCCUGAGAUUCGUGCAGUCUUCCAGCCAGCUCUGCAACCACCAGCGCCAGUUGAAACUCCCUCUGUUUGGUCCCAUCUGCAUACUCAACAUUUGCUUUCCAGUAGUUCUGCCCUUCUGCUGUAACAGUCUUCAAUAACCUUAUUGAGACCAAAAUCACCGAGAAAGCUCUGAGCUUUUCUCCCCGCUCCUCGACUGCCCAACGUUUACUUAUUUCAUUGUUGAAAUUGCAGCGAAACCUCUGCAUCCAACACCUUCUCAUGGGAGAGGUUGCAUUUUCACCUGUAUGGUGAGGUGGGAUUUGACCAGCAAGUCGCUCCAUCCCUCAUGGUCCCACCGACACCACCACCGCAUAUCCCAUGGACAGGCUGAAAGAGGGUGAUCAGAAAAUCAGGCUGCUGCAAGAAAAGAAUGAAUCAAACUCGAGCAUACCACCAUAUGUUCCAUAGUGUGUCAGACUUUCAGAUCCCACAAGUGUUAGUUAUUUUUCCUGGAAGAGAUUUUAAUGAGCAGCAAGGAGAGGAUGGAGUGAUGCAGACCAGAGGCACAACGUGUCCCAUGGAGCCAGGAUUACAUCUGAAAGCGUUUCUGCUUGUAAACCCGACCCAAAUCCUUGCAUUUACCUUUGGAUGAGCUGUACACCUGUGUGUCACCCUGGGAGGGAUCUGGUUCCCUUGCCCUGAUGGGUGAUGGCUGCGUUUGAUGCAUGGGGAGCAUUGGCGUGGGGUUGGAGCGGCAGUGGCUUCUUUUGCCAGCUGGAUGAGCUCCAGAAACAUGAUGGAACAGCAAGAUCUCACUCCUGUGAAUGUAGAGAACUGUUUCCUGUGUCAUGAGAAGGGGCAGGAUGGCUCCCAAAGGGACUGUGGACUGUGAGCUUCACUUGUCCUACACGGUGGCCAUUGUCUCAAGCCUGGAUCCAUCCCAAAGACUCAUUUCUGCUCUUUGUUCUUGGUUACAAGCUCAUUUGACCUGUAUUUUUCUAGUAACCUGAUUUGAAAAUGUACUUUCCAUUGUUCUGUCUCCUACCACCCUUUAAAUCUCAUGUAUCUGCUUAGGAUUUUGCCUUUAGGUGUGUGUUGCGAUUUACCACCUUCACAACGCUGCUGUUUUCCUGGUGCCCCCCUCAAUCUCCAAAGAUGACAGCUGUCAUUUCCAAGGCAGCUGAGUCGUUUUUCUGCCUUUCACAAACACACAUUUCUGUAUUUCUGUUCUGCUGUGACUAAUAGAGGUCAGCUACAAAAUACUGUGCAGAAAUUGCUACAUCUCACAGAAGAUGGAGGGAUUUGUGUUUGCUGUAGGGCAGGACCAGACUUCAAACCAACAGCAGAAAAUGAUAGGCAAGCUCUGAGCACAGGAUUCACAUUGAUGGAGAACUCAGGGUUGCUCCCAAAGCUCACUAUGUUGGACAUCAUUGCAGAUAAGGAGGUUGGAGAUCCUUUUGAGGGGGCUGUCACCCAUGUGUUUAGGUCUCAGGGGUGUAUUAAAGGUGGGAACGGAAAAAGUCCAAACGUUACUUGCCACUGAGUGGUACUUACUACCAUUUUAUUUUUAUUUUAUAUAUAUAUAUAUAUAUAUUUGUGGGGUUUUUUUUUUGUUUGUUUUCCCCUGGGACAGUGCUGGAGUGAAUGUGGGAAGCAGAGCAGAUGGAGCUGGAGCCGAGGUGGGCACCAACCCACCAGCCCCACUCAACUCAGCAGCUCCAAAGCAGUGCCUCUUUGCAUAGCACAGAAAGACAAGUAAAACAUGUAGACCAGGCAUUUCUCCACAUUCUUCUCACUCAUCCGACAGCUAACACCAGGCAGACUCCAAUUAUAACAGCUACCUUACAGACAAGAUAAUCUUUUCCAUUCCUUCAGGAUUUCUGGAAGGCUCUGUAAUUUCUACACGCAUGUUUCAUAAAAACUUUUGUAAAUACAGUCAUUGUUCAGCACAGUUCUUCACCUUGAACAUCCAUUUGUAAAACCAAACCUAUAAUUAAUAUAUUGGUAAAAGCCAUAGCCUGGGGUCAGUAGAGUUCAUUGCAAAACUCCCCACUGAUUUUACUGGGUACUGGGAUUCGGGGAUUUUCAGUUUUACUUUUUUUCUGUGGGGAACCCAAUGUAUCCAUUAUGAAUGAGUGCCAUGUCUUUGCAGAGGUCUCCUUUUCCUUCCUAGACCAGCCUUUCUUCAUCUAAAGCAUCCUGAAGCUAUCCCUUCUUUCAUUAGUCAGGCUCAUCAAGUAGCUAGUGGCAAUGUAGGAUGGAUCAGGCCAUACCAUUUCAACCCUUCCUCUCCCAACCAACUUCCAAUGAUGCUUUUCCAUCCUUCUUAGCCAGCAGCACUGGACCUUUGUCUCCUACCUAUCUCCGUGGUUCCAUUUAUGUAACAUCUAUUUAUCUUUUCCUUUCUUUUUCCUUCUUCAGAAGAGGGGGAAAAAAGGACUUUUUACUGCUUUUACAGACAGUAGGUAAAAAUAGAGCGAUAAAAUUUUGAUUGGAACCUGAUGGCAAAGGUUUAGGAGGAAGAAAGUAGAAGAAUAAAGAAAUAAAAAUAAAAAGCCCACAUCCCCUACUUUAAAAAAAAAGAAGAAGAAGAAGAAGAAGAAGAAAGGAAAAAAAACUAUUUAAGUGCUAAUUAACAUACUUUAAAAAAUACCCAGACUGCAGCAGCACUAGGUAGAGCUGUCAGAAAAAGCACUAAACUUAUGCUCUUGCCAGUUACAUGAGAAUUUAAGUGUCUUUUCAGCACUGCAAUUCUGUAUGAAAAGGAUAUUGCUAUGGCAACCCUCGCUGUUCGUGACAUGUGUGCCACAAAGUCGGAGAGACACGCAGCAAUUGCAAAUGUGCUCCCAGCCAAGCCAAGGCUGGACAAAUGACUCCCAACAGCCCGGGACAGCUUUUUGGGUCAAAGAUGAGCAAAUUAUCAACCAAUUCUGAGCACCCCAAAGACAACUCUGUUGGCUUAGCCAUAAAAAAAAUAAAAAAUAAUAAAAGGUGUGUAAUUAAACAGAUUGGCACACAGGGAAUGAUUUGAAGUGGCUGUGAUUGUUCUAGCCUGAGAGAGGCUUUGAUUUGGUUUGGCUUGGGAGCAAAUGAAAAUAAGGCAGUGUAAGCAUUGCUUAACACAAGCUGCCCUGUGCUUGCUGGGCAGGUCCCCCAUGGAGGGACCAAUCCCCAGUGGGUGGGACUUGGCUUAUUGCUUCUGCCCGGCACAGAGCUGCUUUGCUGUUAGCCAUUUGUGGCUUUGAAGGCACAUCCCAGUGUUCAAGCAACACAAGGCAUCUGCUUCUAGAGAAGUUAAUGAGGAAAAAAUAAUUAUUUUUCCUGUUUGGUGGGUAUUCAUAAAUGUGCCAGUGACUGUUUUGGGCACCUCGUGCUGACAGGCUGACAGACUCCUCAGGUCAAGGGCCAUCCAUGAGCAGAAGGAGUGGGAGGUGGGAGGCCUGACUACUCGUAUUGCACCUAGAGCUGAAUGUCUGGGCAUUGUGCACAGAGGUUUCAUACACGAUGUUCAGUGUUUGUUGGGAGCUCACUUUAGAUAUGAUGAACUAGUAGGGCUGGAUGUUGGUAGCUUCACAGCAAAGACUUCCAUCAACUCUGUGAUAGAAUAGUUACAUACAUAUGCACUGUUUUAAGCUGAGACCAAGUAAAUGAGGAGCUUUUUUGGUCCUUCUCCCAUAAGACAUAGAAUAGUGAGGAAGUGUAUCAAGAACAGAUAAAAGGCAUUCUUAAGGGUGCUGCUUGAGAUGGAUAAAGUCUUUCUGACAGAUUUGGAUGAGCAAAGUAACCUACUGGCAAACACUUUAUUCUAUGGAAAGAACACACAUCUUUUUACCUGCUGCAAAAGAUCAAAACAUCUCCUGGGACACUCAGAGGACCGUCCAAAGCCAUCCAAGGUCCAGUGCUGGCUUUGCUUGGGAUGACACAAUGCUUUGUGAGGUGCCCGGUACACAGAAACUUGCAGCUUUUUCCAUGAAAGACUCUCUUAUCCUGCACGUAGCACACACGUGCACAAGCAAAUAGCUCUGCCAGGGGCUGUCAUCACACAAAAGCAAGAGGUUCACAGUCCCGAGUCAGACUUAGAUCUGCAAAGAGAGAAGCAGUAGGAGGAAUAUAUUAAGAUCAGUAAGAAUGAAGUACCCUAUUUUAUCCACCCGUGUAAUAAAUUAUUUAGUUUCUGCUUUAUGGAUGACUAUUUGAAAGAAGAAAAACCAACUCUUCUAAAAUGAGAAUCUGAUAAAGUAUCUUUUAUCUUGGCUCUGAAUCAUGCUUACAUUCCAUAGAUGAAGAUGUACAGAACUUGCUGGUUUUCAAUCUAUUAUUUUACUGCACCGAGUUCUGACAGUGCAAUUACAUUUCCUUGGCAUCACUUAGAACCUAUUACUUUCCCAGGAACUAAGGAAUUUAAUACAGAAAAAGAAAAGGCUCAAAACACUUUUAUCUUUCUGUGUUGUUGGUUGUUAUCAAGAACAAAUCUUGUUUAUCUCUGGUUCACGUAGGAUAUUUUAGGCAGCUCUACAAAAUGUAGAGAUUCAUCAAGAGCAAGAUGGACAGAAAAUCUGACAACAACACUUUAAUUGGAAGAAUACUUUACUCCUAUCUCUCCAGUGGCAAAAGUCUGAAAAACUGUCUCAAUUUGGUAUCUUCUCCAGUAAAGAAUUUCAGCCCCAAAAGAGAGGAGAAGAGAGGAAAUAGGAGAAAAAAGUAAAUCCUUUGAAUCUAACAAUGAACUCUUGACAAUUUGAUCAUGAGAAUACCUUAGGAUUUGUAUUUUCUGCCAAGACAGACCAAAAUAACUUUGUAGCCUUGAAGAGCAUUGUUAAAUGAAACUUCCAUUUUCCAUCCAGUUAUUUUGUACAGCUGCUCAUGGCCAGACUUUGCCAGCAUCACAAAUAAGCAUCUUCAAACUUAACUCAUUGUACAGUGUGUUAGGUGAGCUCCAAACUGCAAAUUUCCAUUAUCAGCUGGUCUUCUGUCUUCACUGGCCAGCAAGUAGACAUUUGGCUGUCCCAUUUGAAGCUGUUGAGCUUGCUCUAGUAGCUACCCCUCUGGUCUUGCCAGCACUUAGGCAUAUCUUGUUUGUCCUGUGAGCAGUCCCACCAAACCCAAACUGUGCUGCCAACGUGCUUGCAGCAUCAGGCCCCUGGGGUUGCCAUUUGACAGCAAUCUUCAAAUAAAGGCACAUUCCACCAGCCCAAGAAUAGCAUUACGUUUCCCACCAUCUCUGUCAGAGGAGCCAAAGUUAUUUCAGCUUCGUGCAGCAGCUCUUGUUCUCAGAUUUUAAUUGGGGUGGUGGGAGGAAAAAAACUGAAGUUCCUCUCGGACUCCAGAGUAAAUGAGAAGUAACUCAUUAGAGUUAAUUGGCUUAAACUGGGAUAAGCCCAGAAUCCAGCCUGUUGCCAUUUAAUCCGUGCUAGGAUCUAAGUAAUCGAUAACUCCUGAUUCAUCUCUAGGAAGUGCUUCAUUAAUGCAUUAGUCUCCUUCUUGUCAUCGUUUCAUCUCUCACUGGUUUCAAGCCAUUUACCACCCAUUGUUGAAAACUGACCAUUUCUGCUUGUUAACAGAAGACAUGGCAUUUUGAUUAUAGUCAACAACUCACAAAGUCAGCAGCAUAAUAGUAAAAAAUAAAAAAUAGAGAUCACUUUGUACAAAACACUGUAAAUAUUAAUAUAAAUUAACUUGGCAUGCAACUUAAAUAAAUCCAAUGUUAUUGCAAGUUACCCAAGUGUAUAAAGACGUGUAAAAAAGGAAAACCGAAUGCCAUAUGUAUCGGCUGUUUCCUCUAACCAAACACUACUGUAAAUACAUAAUCUGUAUAAAAAGAUUUUAAUUUUACCAUUAUUUAUGCAAUAGAAAUAAAGGUUUUUUUCUUUUGA